AUGGAUGUUUAUUACUAUUUCAACUACCUCUCGGCAGGCUGGAUGAUGCUUGAAUCAAUCCCCCUGAUCGCAUCACCUACGGUCAUCAUCACCAUGCUUUCACCAGAUGUUCGGGAAACCACACAGCUCGAAGCAUAUCUCUCGCGCUCAUUGGGUUUCACAUUGAUCGCAUUCUCGAUUUUAAACCUUCUCCUAACCGGGAGUGUACCACUAGUUUCGAGCUUCUCUGAAACAGCCGUAGCGAAACCGGCUGGCACAGACAUGGAGGAUCCCACAGCACCGUACGCGGUGCCCUCACUGUGUGUAACACUAACGUAUCAUCUCACCAUAGCGUUCUACUGUUACACACAAUGGGACAGUGGGUACUCUGCUGCUUACGCCAUUGCUAUGGUUACGCACUCGGCGUUUAGUGCUCUUGGAGCAUGGGUGUUGCUGUUUGGAAGCACUAGUGGACGCAUUUCGAGGAAGACUGGCGCCGAUAAGAGGACGAGUGGAUUCCCGUUUAAGAAUGUCGAGGCCGAGAAGAAGAAGUCCGGGAAGAAGUCGCUGUGA